UGGCUCUCCCGGCCCCUCAAAGUUCUUCCCAACUUUUUCUCCGCCGGGCGAGCGCAGCCGGCGCAGGCUCGGGGGCAGGUCGCUGCGCUCCUCCGGGCUCAGCUGCCCCCUCUCCGGGCGCAGAUCCUCCGGGAGCAGUGGACACAGAGUGGCCGCUGGCGGUCCUUCCCCUCCCACCUCUGCCGUCCUCCCCGGCCUCCUCGCCCCGGCGCCCCUCGGGCGGGACAACCCCGUGCUUGGGUUUCUCUCCUUGUCCCCUCCGGUGCGCCCCUGCGCCGACGAUCGCGCCGGGAUCGCGGCGGAAACCUCGCUCCCCUGUCGCCUCCGCCGGCUCCUUCCCUCCGCCCCUCCUCCGCCAGCCAAUUCCGUGGGGACUUGGGGCUCCGCAGCCGCGAAGGACAACCUUUCCGCGCGGGGCUCCGGGACGCGGCGGGGGCCAUGUAAGCAGCUACCUUCCAGAGGGCCACACCGGGCAUGGACACCCUUUUCGCUACCUGGAGGAGCACGGGUGAUAGUGUUGUCAUCCGGUCACGAACCUGCUAAGGCCAUCUCAGGGGCGUGUGCGCCAGGACAGGAAGGCGGCGUCCGAGGGCCACAGAGCCAUGCCUUUCGGUCUGAAGCUCCGCCGGACACGGCGCUACAACGUCCUGAGCAAGAACUGCUUCGUCACUCGUAUCCGCCUGUUGGAUAGCAAUGUUAUCGAGUGCACACUGUCGGUGGAAAGCACGGGGCAAGAGUGCCUGGAGGCUGUGGCCCAGAGGCUGGAGCUGCGGGAGACGCACUACUUUGGCCUUUGGUUUCUCAGCAAGAGCCAGCAAGCACGAUGGGUGGAGCUGGAGAAACCUCUGAAGAAACAUCUGGACAAAUUCGCUAAUGAGCCUCUGCUCUUCUUCGGAGUCAUGUUCUAUGUGCCAAAUGUGUCAUGGCUUCAGCAGGAGGCCACAAGAUAUCAGUAUUACCUGCAAGUGAAAAAAGAUGUGCUCGAAGGGCGAUUACGGUGCACGUUGGAACAGGUGAUUCGGCUGGCCGGCUUAGCUGUGCAAGCUGAUUUUGGAGACUAUCAUCAGUUCGAUUCUCAAGAUUUCCUCAGAGAGUAUGUGCUAUUUCCUAUGGAUUUGGCCCUGGAGGAGGCUGUUCUGGAGGAGCUGACCCAGAAGGUAGCCCAAGAACACAAAGCCCACAGUGGAAUCCUGCCAGCCGAAGCCGAGCUUAUGUACAUCAACGAAGUAGAACGUUUGGAUGGAUUUGGACAGGAAAUCUUCCCUGUGAAGGACAAUCAUGGAAACAGUGUGCACCUUGGCAUUUUCUUUAUGGGGAUUUUCGUGAGAAACAGAAUUGGAAGACAAGCAGUAAUAUACAGGUGGAACGAUAUUGGGAAUAUCACUCAUAACAAGUCAGCUAUUCUAGUGGAGCUCAUCAACAAGGAAGAGACUGCCCUCUUUCACACGGAUGAUAUCGAAAAUGCCAAGUAUAUCUCUCGGUUGUUUGUCACACGGCACAAGUUUUACAAACAGAACAAAAUCUGCACGGAACAGUCAAAUUCUCCACCCCCCAUCAGACGCCAGCCCACCUGGAGCCGGUCCUCUCUGCCCAGGCAGCAGCCGUACAUCCUGCCGCCCGUGCACGUCCAGUGUGGGGAGCACUACUCGGAAACACACACCUCGCAAGACAGCAUUUUCCACGGGAACGAAGAAGCCUUGUAUUGCAACUCCCACAACAGCCUGGACUUGAACUACGUGAACGGCACAGUCACCAACGGCAGCGUGUGCAGCGUUCACAGCGUCAACUCCCUGAGCUGCUCACAGAGUUUCAUCCAGGCUUCCCCCGUGUCCUCCAACCUCAGCAUCCCUGGGAGCGACAUCAUGCGGGCUGACUACAUCCCCAGCCACCGGCACAGUGCCAUCAUCGUGCCCUCCUACAGGCCGACCCCGGAUUACGAGACGGUCAUGCGGCAGAUGAAGAGGGGCGUCGUGCACACGGACAGCCAGAGCCAGUCUCUGCGGAACCUCAACAUCCUCAACACGCACGCCUACAACCAGCCAGAGGAUCUGGUGUACAGCCAGCCGGAGAUGCGGGAGAGACACCCCUACACCGUCCCUUACGGGCCCCAGGGAGGCUAUGGUAACAAGCUGGUCGGCCCCUCCGACCACAUGAACCCGAAGAGUACCGUGGUGCCCAGCAAGCCGGGGGCCAGUGCCAUCUCGCACACGGUGAGCACCCCGGAGCUGGCCAACAUGCAGCUGCAGGGGGGCCCCAGCUACAGCACGGCGCACAUGCUCAAGAACUAUCUCUUCAGGCCGCCGCCCCCCUACCCACGGCCACGCCCUGCCACCAGCACCCCCGACCUCGCCAGCCACCGCCACAAGUAUGUCAGCGGCAGCAGCCCGGACCUGGUGACCCGCAAGGUGCAGCUCUCGGUGAAGACCUUCCAGGAGGACAGCUCCCCGGUGGUGCAUCAGUCUCUGCAGGAGGUGAGCGAGCCCCUCACGGCCACCAAGCACCCCGGCACGGGGAACAAGCGCCACAGCCUGGAGGUGAUGAACAGCAUGGUGCGCGGCAUGGAGGCCAUGACGCUCAAGUCCCUCCACCUCCCCAUGGCGCGCCGCAACACGCUGCGGGAGCAGGGCCCGCCCGAGGAGGGGCCGGGCAGCCGCGAGCUCCACCAGCUGCCCCGGUAUCACCACCGGAAGACCUUCUCCGAUGCCACCAUGCUGAUCCACAGCAGCGAGAGCGAGGAGGAGGAGGAGGAGGAGGAGGCGGCCCCCGAGUCGGGGCCCCGGAUCCCCGGGCUCCGCGAGAAGGUGGAGUACAGCGCGCAGCUGCAGGCGGCCCUGGCGCGCAUCCCCAACAAGCCCCCGCCCGAGUACCCCGGCCCGAGGAAGAGUGUGAGCAACGGGGCGCUCCGGCAGGACCCGCCCGGCCUUCCUCCCGCCGCGGCCGGAGCCCGGCUGCCGAGGCUCGCGCCGGCCAAGGCCAUCGGCGUGGCCCGGGCGGACCCGCCCGCCGUCAACGGGGCCUCCCUGGGCCCGUCCAUCUCCGAACCCGACCUGACCAGCGUGAAGGAGCGGGUCAAAAAGGAGCCCGUGAAGGAGAGACCUGUGUCCGAGAUGUUCUCCCUGGAGGACAGCAUUAUAGAGAGGGAGAUGAUGGUUAGGAAUCUAGAGAAGCAGAAGAUGGCGGGCCUGGAGGCACAGAAGAGGCCGCUGAUGUUGGCAGCGUUGAAUGGGCUCUCGGUGGCUCGGGUCUCGGGGCGAGAAGAGAGUCGCGUUGAUGCCACCCGCGUUCCCAUGGACGAGAGGUUCAGAACCCUGAAGAAGAAGCUAGAAGAGGGAAUGGUGUUCACAGAAUACGAGCAAAUCCCAAAGAAAAAGGCGAAUGGCAUCUUCAGCACCGCAGCUCUGCCAGAAAAUGCCGAGCGCAGCCGAAUCCGAGAAGUGGUCCCCUACGAGGAGAAUCGGGUGGAGCUGAUCCCAACCAAAGAGAAUAACACAGGAUACAUUAAUGCCUCCCAUAUCAAGGUGGUGGUUGGUGGUGCAGAAUGGCACUACAUAGCCACCCAGGGGCCCCUGCCACACACGUGCCAUGACUUCUGGCAGAUGGUGUGGGAGCAGGGAGUGAACGUGAUCGCCAUGGUCACUGCAGAAGAGGAGGGCGGACGAACCAAAAGCCACCGAUACUGGCCCAAACUGGGUUCCAAGCACAGCUCGGCCACCUAUGGCAAGUUCAAGGUCACCACAAAGUUCCGCACGGAUUCUGGUUGCUAUGCAACCACAGGCUUAAAGGUCAAGCACCUUUUGUCUGGUCAGGAAAGAACGGUGUGGCAUUUGCAGUAUACCGACUGGCCAGAUCACGGUUGCCCAGAAGAUGUCCAAGGAUUUUUGUCCUACUUGGAGGAGAUCCAGUCGGUCCGUCGCCAUACCAACAGCAUGCUGGAAGGCACCAAGAACCGGCACCCCCCCAUCGUGGUCCACUGCAGCGCCGGGGUGGGGAGGACCGGCGUGGUCAUUCUCUCUGAGCUGAUGAUCUACUGCCUGGAGCAUAAUGAAAAGGUGGAAGUUCCCAUGAUGCUGAGGCUCCUCCGGGAGCAGAGGAUGUUCAUGAUCCAGACCAUCGCUCAGUACAAGUUCGUCUACCAGGUCCUCAUCCAGUUCCUCCAAAACUCCAGACUCAUUUAAGCUCACGGAGAGGGGGCCCAGCCUCACGGCGCAGGCUGAGAGGCCCCUCCGGACAACGUCUGCGCUCCUGGCGGGGGGGCAGGGGGCUGGCGACAGGCAGGCCACGGCUCUCUGAAGGCAGGAGCCCAGAUGAUUCACACAACCCAUGUAUUAUUUUAUAUGAGAUAAUUUAUUUUUUUCCCCCUUCGGAAUAACUUUUGUGAAUUAUUAUAAUGCAGUUUUUUGCGCUCAUGUAGUACUUUCCAUUUGAACCACGUUUUGACUGAUCUGCAUUGUAACACGUCAGUAGGGAAGGUUGCCCGGUGGAUCAUUUUGGGGACAGAGGCAUAAGGGAACACAUCUCUAGUGAAGUUGCAGCCACAUUUGUAACCAGCCCUGAAAUUAAUCAGUUUCAUUGCUUAUGUCCCGAUCAAAGAUGGCAAGAAAAUGAAUUCGUCCUGAAAUGUAAAGCAAAGGGCCAAGACUCUUUCCUGAAGGAAAAACCACUAUUCUUUUAUAUUUGGGGGCUCAUGAACUUGGUGGACAGCCGGUUUCCUCUCUUCUUCCUUUCUGCCCUCAUCUCAGUAACCUCUCUUCCCUCCUCUCCCGCUGCCCCACCCCGACUUCCCCGCAAGCUUGAGUUAAAGGUGGCAACAGAUGAAGAAAACAUGUUCCCUUUACAAUGCGGGAGCUGCCGUCUUUCGGGCUGCAAGAGGAGCUCUGUGCUGUGUUUUUCUUGACCUCCCCUUUCUCUGGCCCCUGGAGCUUGUGCAUUCCUGCUGGGACUGUCUCCUGGGUAUUCGCUACUUCUCCCCAUUUGCACCAUAGACCCCCAGUCUGGUGGCAUUGAGGCCUGGGCCAGGCCGUCUGUGCAGCUCAGCCUCUUGACUGAUUGGGAGAGGGGACAGUUGACCAGAGUGGGAAGAGAAAGGAGUCAGGCUGGGCUGUGAUAAGUGGGUCUCAUUUAACACAUUGACUGCCAUGCUAGAAAAGAAAGAAUGUUUUUCCUGCGGGCCACGGUGUUUUAU